AUGUCGCUCCCAUUAUCAGAAAAAAGGAAUGAUCUUGAGAAAUCAUCCCUAUCACCAAUAUCUUCAGCAUCCUCUUCAUCACACUUACAUCCUGCUCCUAAAAGAGUAUACCAAAAGUUGAUAUCUGCAUUAAUAAUAGAAACAAUCAUAUCGUGUGCUAUAUACAUAAACUAUGACACAAUAGGGGCAUAUCACCCCAUGUUGGCGGGUUUGUUGUUGGGGUGUUCAUCAGGAGCAUUAGCCCAAUCCAUGAAUCAAUAUGCAAAGAAAAAAUUUACCCUACAAAAGAUCCUCAAGUUUAUGCUUUGGGGAAGCAUAAAUGGGUAUUUCACCGUAGGGUGGAUCAAUAUCUUAAUUACGAGAAUCGAUAAUUCUGCUUAUAGAAUUAUUAUCGAUCAAUUAGUGGGCGCACCUAUGUUUCAGUUAAUUUUCAACAUGUUGAAUAGUAUUUGGGAUCAUGGCGAAAUGUUUUCUAUCAGCACAAGAUUGGCCUAUGUUAAAUCGUUAAAGUAUAGUUACUGCUUUUGGCCAUUUUUUUCCAUUUUGGAGUUUAUGUUUAUUCCACAAGCGUUGAUGUUUCCAUGUAAUUGCUUGGCCAAUUUGUUAUGGAAUUUGAUCUUGUGUAGAUUGGCAUGA